AUGAUUAAAAAUUUAUAUUGGCUUAUCCUAAUUUAAACAAUAGUGAUUAUUCUUACGUUUAAUUUUUCAACUAAUCUACAGAUAAUAGAUGAAAUAAAGAAAAUAAUCAAUCAAAACGAAACUAUUACUACGCAGAGCCGAAAUAUGAAAAUAUGUUAAGAUGAUAUUAUUCCAUAAGCUAAAAUUAUAUCAGAAGCUUAUAAUAAUUUUUUUGGAGGAAAGCACUGGGGUUUCCUUUUAGUUUAUCCAAUUAUGCUUAUUUAAAAACAAUUGAAUAAAGAAAGUGAUUUUUAUGUAAUUUCAGAUUAUACUUUUUAGAUAAAAAUGGCCUUUUAUUUUCACUUGAUUUAAUACCCUUUUUUGGCAAUUUUCACUCAUUAAAUCUCCUUAAUAAUAGGAGAAUAUUUUGGUAAAAAAUAUUAUAAUAUUUAUGCUAGCUUAAUAGAUAAUACCGAUUAAUAUUUGCUUUGGGAUUUUUUUUUUAAACCUCUGUUUCUUUUUAAUUAACUCGCAGUUAUUGGGAAUAUAAAUUAAAAAUAAAAGGAAACCUUUAUAUAUUCUAUUUUUUUUAUUUGUUAUAAACGGAUUAUAUAAUAUAAUCACUUUAAAACAUCAUAAUUGGAUACCGUAUUUGAUAUUUAAUGCAUAUAUUUAAAUCUACUUAAUCCAUAUCAAUUCCAAUUUGUUCGUGGUAUUUAUAUCAUUUCAUUACUUAAGUGUAAUCAAUACAAUAAGCAUAAGCUUUUAAUAGAAAUUCUUUUUGAAAAAAUUUCUCUUUUUAAUGGAAAUUAAGAUAAAGAUUAUUUUUAUAUAAAUAAAGAGGUAUUCUUAUUUUUUGGAAUCCUAAUAACUCUUUUUUAUAAUUUCCAUUAAGCAUUAAUGCAAAUGCAGGUUUUAGCUACUGUAAUAUUAACAAUCGUAGCAUUUUUGAUUUUUAUAAUUUGGGAUACCUCAUUAAUAGUAUUAUUUAUUUGUAUGUAUUUAGUCUUCAAAUUUUACAAAUAAAAGUCAAUGGUUAGCUGCCGAUCUAUUUUUUUUAGAUUUAUUUUUGCCCUUUAGGAAUAUUGUGAUGUUUUUAUUAAUAGAAUGA